CUCAUUCCCAACCAAUCCCAUCAUCUCCCUUUAAUAUAUAAAUUACCACUUAUCUCCUCCUCUCCUUCACUCCUAUAUCUAUUAUAACUACUCUCUCCGCCAUGGCCUCCGCCGCUCUCCUCCUCCUCCUCCUUCCCUUUGCUCUCUUCUGCCAAACUCUUGCCCAAACUCCGGCUGCACCGGGUCCAUCUCCUCCUGGACCCAUCAACUUAACCGGCAUUUUGUCCGAAGGCGGCCAAUUCAGUACCUUCAUCCGUUUGCUGAAUGAAAGUAGAUUAAUUACUCAGCUUGAUAAUCAGCUCAACAAUUCUCAAGGGGGAGGAUUGACCAUUCUUGCUCCAACUGAUAAUGGCUUCAAUUCCCUUAGACCCGGCGCCCUCAACGCCCUUGACGACCAGCAGAAGAGCCAGCUUCUCCUUUACCACGUCUUGCCUAAGUUCUACACUUUGAUCGAGCUGCAAACAGUCAGUAAUCCAGUGAGGACUCAAGCUGGAGAUUGGGGGCUAAAUUUCACUGGCCAAGCAAACUCGAACCAAGUCAACGUUUCCACCGGUAUUAUCACAGCGCCAAUCAACAAUAAGCUCAGAGAGCAAUCUCCAUUGUCUAUUUUUGUGGUAGACCAAGUUUUAUUGCCAGAUGCUCUUUUUGGGAACCACACUGCUGCACCUCCUAAAGCUCCAGCUCCAGGGACCGAUAAGGCACCUGUCGACGGCGAAACACCGCCAAAAUCCGAUGCUGCAAAGCCACCAGCUAACGAUAAGAGUGCAGUUACCAAAAAUGGUGUUGGAUUGGGUUUAAUUUUGAGUUUUGGUUUGAUUGUGAUUAGUGUUGUUUCUUAAGAUCAUUUAUGAUGAUGAGUUGAGUUUGAGGAAAAGUACUAUUUGUUCUUUGUGUGCUUUUUCUUGUCAUAUAUGCUUUGAUUUUUUAAAAAUUUUCUUGUAAUUUUAACAUUGAAUUAUUAUUUCUUUUCAUAA